UCUACAUGAACUUACUAACCUCACUCAACCUACGUCAAUUUUGACAUUUGUCUCGUGAUUAUUUCUAUAGAAAAUGAGCUUUAUUUGGUAAAUUUAGGUCAUUUUUUUGUUGAAAAACGAUGUUUGAGCAUUCCGUGAAAGUGCCAAGACCUUAUAAAAUAGCUGCAAAUAUUUAUAAAAAAGUUGCCACUGAAGGAGGCAGCGUAAAGACGUUGUUAUACGACAACAAACUUCGUCAUUUUAGGACCAAUGCGCUAUUUGCGCUGAUAACAGAAACGAUAAAACAUUCAUCUUACAUUGACAAAAUCUUUGGAAAAUGUAAUAUUCUCGUCAAUGAACCGCGUCUGGACCCGUGGCUGGCCAGGGUCCUCACUUCAGAACUACUGUUUGGCAAAAAAGAACUGCCCGGGAAAAGUAAACCCGAGCAACUGAUAAAUUCAUACAAAGAGCAAUUUGAAAGCUACAAGGCUGAGCACCAAGAAGAUUUGAAGACCUCAGAUGUGCGAAGGCCUCGCUAUGUCCGCAUCAACACAAACCUGUUAACUACCUCUGAUGCUGUCCGAGCUUUUCAAGAUGAGGGCUACAACUUUGUCCGAUGCACUUCGGGCUCUUACGAUGACUACCUACAGCAGAUACAGAGCCUUUCAGAGUACGACUUCACUCAAGACUACCAUGUGAAGACUGUAUAUGUGUUCCCGACUGGCACUAAACUGCACAACCAUGAGUUAUAUUUGGAGAACAAUAUCAUUUUGCAAGACAAGGCGACCUCGCUAGCGGUGCACCUGCUGGCGCCACCUCAGGGCAGCGUGGUGCUGGACAUGUGCGCCGCGCCCGGCAUGAAGACUUCCCAGGUGGCCGCGUACAUGAGGAAUGAGGGAAAAGUCUAUGCAGUGGAGAGAAACGAGACUCGAUACCAGACCCUGUGUGAGUUCGUGGAGAAGACCGGCUGCAAGUGUGUGACCACCAUGCACAAGGACGCUCUCGAACUGAAGAGAGGGGACUUUGACGACGUCGAGUAUAUCCUUCUGGACCCAAGCUGCUCGGGAUCAGGAAUGGAUUUCAGCGUGCACAACUACAUCGAGCCGGCGCGCCUCGCCAAGCUCACGUCGCUUCAGGAGAAAUUCCUGAAACAUGCCAUGAACGCGUUCCCGAAAGCCAAGAGAAUCGUCUACAGCACUUGCUCCCUCUAUCCAGAAGAGAACGAAAGAGUGGUCACCAACUCAGUCAUGGUUUCGAGAGCCAGGUGGCGAGUCCAAGAUGUCAAAGAAUUGCUAAAAGGUCAAUGGAACAAUUUUGGCUCGAACAUGUAUGGCAGUAUCGGUGUACGUUGUCUGUAUGCUAAGCCUGACUCUGAUUUGACGACUGGCUUCUUUCUAGCAGUGCUUGAUAGAGAACCAAAGGAUGCUGAGAGGAGUCAAAAGAACGGAGACGAGACUAAUGGGGAGAAUAAUGAAGUUGAUAAGAAAUCUCUGAAGAGAAAAUCUAAAAAAGAUGAUGAUGGUGUAGACGAUGUACAAAACGAUGUACUGGAAAAUGCGACACAAGAUGGAAAUGAAAGAAAGAAAAAUAAGAAGAAGAAAAAUAAAAUAUCAGAAUCUAAUGGUGAUGAAUACAUAGCCCCCGCUGAGCAAAACGGCGACACUGAUAUAAUGGCGGAAAAUAAUGUGGAAGUUGAAGAAUCUAAGAAACGCAAAAAGAAGAAAAAAGUAAAACGGGAGAAAGAGGUAACGGAAAAUGUAAUAGAUGAAGAAACCAGUACACCCGUAGACACUGUCAACGAAGAAGUCGUAACUAAAAAGAAGAAAAAGAAAAAACGUAAUGAAUCGGAAACUGCAGAAGCGGAGGAAAUAAAUGUAGUUGCUGAAGUUGAUAACGAAAUUCAAAAUAAAAAGAAGAAAAAGCGUUCCAAAGAUGACCUUUUAGAUGAGAACGUCGUUGCAAACACAGACGAAGCGCCUAAAAAGAAGAAAAAGAAACACAAACGCGAAACUACAGAAGUAGAAUAAUUCUAAUCAAUGUUCAAAGUUUUUUUUACAUUUUUAUUACAAUAAAUCUGACUAAAACAAACA